GCUGCGCAUGAGUUCCUGGAUGAAUCAGUAGUUAGCAAAAGGAGUGGCGAUACCCUGAAAUUGGUAAAAGUAAAUAACCAAAAUGUCGAGGAUUGACGAUAAGAAGGAUAUGGGCACAGGUUUUCGUAAAAUUGACGUUGAUGAAUUUAGUGAGAACAAUUUCAAGGAAGAGGAGGCGGAUGGAGGAACAACAGGACCAACCGGCCCCGAUGAAAACGAAAUUAUGUCACUACUUAGCCAAGGAAAACACUCGGAAGCACUGAUUUAUGCCCUCAAAUCCGCGCCAUUAGACUGUAAAAAUCAGCAAGUGAAGGACCAGGCGAGGAACGUGACACAGAAGGUUCUGCUCAGUAUAAAAUCCAACCAAAUGGACGAAAUCCUCGCACAACUGGACAGAGAUCUAAUGGAUGUGUUGAUGAAGUACAUUUAUCGUGGCUUUGAAAUACCCUCGAAGGACAGCAGUUCCCACCUCCUCGUUUGGCACGAAAAAGUAUACAAUAUCAAUGGAAUUGGUAGUAUUGUAAGAGUAUUAACUGAUAGUAAACGAGCGUAACCCAGUGGAUAGGAUCGUAUUAAUGGCUGUCACAAUAAAAAAUUCCAAAAUUUACUGUGAAACAUUUUUGAAUGAAAUAAUAAUUAAGUUUCUUACAAUUUUA